AUGAAUGAUAUCAACUGUUUCGAGUCCUUCCUUGUUGCUGUUGCUAACCCCAGCAAGCCAGUACUUGAACGAUGGGCGGAAGAAAAUGGUAUAAAGAUUGACUUUGAUUCUCUAUGUAAAGACUCGAGAGCAAAAAGUUACAUACUUGGGGAGCUCACAAGGAUUGCAAAGGAAAAUAAGUUGAAAGGUUAUGAGUUUAUAAAAGACGUUCAUCUAGACCCAGUUCCAUUUGACAUGGAACGUGACCUUAUAACUCCCACAUAUAAGAUGAAGAGGCCUCAGUUGCUUAAAUAUUACAAGUCCAUAACUUAUGCUGUGUAUGAUGUUGAAAGUACUGACUGUAUUUGUUUGGUGCUCAGAAUGUCAUCGAUGACAUGUACAAGAGUGGAGGCAAACGCAGUGCUUGAGGUAUGCUUUGGUGACUGUAUAUAUGAUUACUGA